GGUCUUAUUUAGUUUCGCACCAAGUCACAUUUAGAGAUCUAGAUAGAGUCUAUCUAGACUAGAGAUAGUCUACUAAGACUAAGAACUAGACUAGCUGAAAUAUGGCUGCUCUAACAAAAUCAUAACAAAUUGAAAAUGCAUAAAUAAAUCUAGAAUAUAUCUGAAUAGAGAAAUAUAUUUUUAAAAUUUAGAGCUAGUCUAGAUAUAGAUGCUUGUUUCUUCGAGCGAGAGAAAAUAAUAAACUUAAAGGAAAUAAGCGACGAAACGCUAUGCAUGGUUUUGCAUUUUCCAAAGUUCUUCGUGUUUGUAACUGGGCAAAACAAUGUCAUACACAGCGGUCUCAAUAUCAACCGUUGAACGAUCUGAUUUUGCGUUGUAAUUUAAAUAACGUAAUAAGAUUUUGUUCCGAAGCAACAUGCAGAAACAGCUAUGGAAUAGAUGAUUCUCAUUAUAAAAGUAACCAUAGGGGCAUUGGUUUUAGUGAAGAUGAAGAACCACUUUUUCAACCAAGAAGAGCUGUGAUUUUAACAAAAAUGACAAGGUAUGAAUAUGAAAGGAAGUUGUGUCAUGCAAUGACAGAUGAUGAAUUUAAAGCAUAUCUUGACUCUAAAGAUUCAGAUUAUAAAGGAUUAUUAGAUCGUCAUAAGAAUCACUAUGCAGCUCUUGAUGUUAUCAAGAAAGAACUUUUAAAUGCCAACAUAGAGACAAGAGUGGUGCAUAGAUUUGGCUUAGUUCAAAGUGUGGUUGAUUGGGCUGAUGUUGUGUUCACUGCUGGAGGUGAUGGCACAUAUCUUUUAGCUGCAAACAAGUUUGUAAAUACUUGUAAACCUCUCAUUGGGAUUAAUACUGACCCUGAUAGAUCUGAAGGACAUCUUUGUCUUCCAAAAAGAGAUUAUGCAGCUAGUAAGUUUGGUCAAGCAUUAAGAAGACUACUAUCUGGCAAUUUUGGGUGGAAAUGGAGGCAGCGUAUACAAGUGACAAUGUCAGGAAGUCACAUGAAUGAUGAUCCAAUAGAACUACAUGAUCAGCAACUGAUAUUUCCUGAACACCGAUUUACAGAACACAUUGCUGAAGAUGAGCAGGUGCGGCUCCUUAAACAUGGAAGCAGUCAGCAACGUUUUUAUCCACAAAGGACAUUACCCUGUUUAGCAUUAAAUGAGUGUUUUCUUGGAGAAUCACUUUCAUCUCGAGUAUCUUACUAUGAAUUCUCCACUGAUACAUUAGCUAAAGAAAAACAAAAAAGCUCUGGCGUAACAAUUUGCACAGGAACUGGAUCAAGUUCUUGGCAUUUUCACAUCAAUCAUUUGUCAGAAGGCUCUGUCAGAAAGAUACUAGAAAUAGCUAAUGAUGUAACUGGCUCUAAUUAUCCUGUACAGGAUCACAACACCAUAGAAACUAUCAUGAACAAAUUCAACAGUAGUUUACGUUUUGAUCCUAGUGAACCACUCAUGGCUUAUACAAUACGUGAUCCAAUUAGAAAUGCUGUUUUUAAUGUCGGGAGGACCAGCGGAUUUGCUAAGAAAAUCACCAUUCGAUCAAGAAUGUGGGAUGCUUGCCUUGUCAUUGAUGGUGGGAUGUCUUUCAAGUUCAAUGAUGGGGCCAUUGCUUCAUUUGAAAUAGCAGAAAACAAUGCACUCAGGACUGUGACAUUAGAUUGAUUUGACUGUAGAGAUCUGACUGAUGAUCUGAUAUUGAAGUAUUAUGACUGUUGACAAGGUCUAAGAUUUAAAGAGUAAAUACAUUGAGGAAGAGAAUCAGAUUUUUUUUGCUCACUAUCCUAUGUCUUCAUUGUUCCAUUGUGCCAUGCUAUAAUUUAAAGAAGAAGUAAAAAUAUUUUACACCUUUUUAGACAUUUUUUUUUUUCAGUAAGACUUUGAAUUGAUGUAAAUUCAGUAACAAUUAAGGACAGAGUGUGUAUUUUUUUUUUUUAUGUUAUCAACCCAAAUUUUUUUAAAAAAAUAUUUUUUGUGUUCAUUUAUAUACUUAAUUUUUUAAGAAUCAGUUGCUUGUGGGAAGCCUGAUGUAAUGCAAGACCUAGUUGUGUUGGUUUCACUCUUGUCAAUCUAUCUUUUCUUUUACUCUUUUUCUUAAAUAUCUGCUAGUAUAUGCUCUCAGGGCUUGUUUGAUGACUGGCAUUUAAGUAUUUGGCCAAACCCAGUUAAUUCUGAAAGUGUUUCUGCUAAAUAGGUGUUGAAGUACACUUCUCUGAUGUUGUCCACUGGAUUGUCCUGUAUCUCCAACAGUUCCAAUGGAGCUUGUUUUAUUUUUUUGAUUUUUCUUGGUCAAUAAAGCACAAUUACGCAAGUUUUUGUUAUUGUUAGGCUCUUUAUAUAUUUAAUGGUGAGCUAACAACUUUGCCAUUUUUGAAACAAAACUGAGCACUGCUUAUCAAUUGUUCCAUAUUGCCCUUGUUUCAUUUUCUACAUCAAAAGAUAUGUGCUGCAGUCUUUCAUAUUUCUUUUUUCUAUUUCAGUUAGUCUUCAGAAACUUCCCUUUUAAGAAUGCAUAAUAGGUAUUUACUUAAUCCACUUUCACUGCUAACAUUGAUGACUUGUCUGUUUUAUCUGCCUGUUCUUAGUGUUCUGGUUAGAGGACUUCAGUUUUCUCUUGACCAUGUAUAUUAGGCAUCUUUGGCAGCCACUUUUUA